AGUUAGCAAUGACAGCUGCUCAUUUUGUAAAACGGAUGCGAUAGCGAUCAACCUCUCAGAACCAUCUCAGGAGCUGAGUUCUUCCCAGUUUGGUAGAUCAUUAUUGAAAAGAUUGCUCACCAGUAUAGAUUCCACCAAGAUCCACGAUGCCGGCAACAGCAGAGGCGGUCAAAGGGGCAAAGGCUACCAUGUCAACCCAUCUCUCGCUGCUGUUGCUCCCGCUACUCCUCACCACGGCCAUUGGGGCGGGCCUUGAAGAUAAGAAGGUCCCGUUUCAUGACAUGGUGAUCAAUGUGCAGGAAAAGACACCAGUGCCGUACGCCCUGUAUCAGUUUGAGAAGAAGCAUCCCGAUGUGAAUGAGUUUCGGGUAAAAGGAGAAGGUCGUGACAUCAUCAAAGUCUCCAAAGAUGGUUGGCUCUACCUGGACAAGGCUCUGAACUGGUCUGAAGAAGACAACUACGUAGUGACGGUGGAGGCGCUGGCAGAUGGCCGAGUGAUCGAUGGCCCAAUUUUUCUGACCAUUAACGUGGAAGACAUCAAUGACCACGCUCCCUACUUCAACCAGAGCGACUACGCGGCUGUGGUUCGAGAGAACCAUCCCGCUGGUUCUCCCUUCACACGAGUGUUUGCCAUGGACCAGGAUGACCCACACACGCCAAACGCUCAACUGAGGUUCAGUCUGGUCAGCCAGAUUCCCAGGAGAGACAAUGUGGCCUUGUUCCAGAUUCACCCGGUCAGCGGCGAGGUCUCCACCACCGAAGAAGGCGAGCGGCUACUGAAGGCCAGAGAGGGCAUCCAGUUCACCAGGGGCGAGGAGGGUGGCCAUGAUUCUCUGAAGAAGAAGUUUGAUGACUACUGUCCUGGGACGAUGAUUCCAUAUGAACUCAACCCCUUCUUCACCUGCUUGGAGCGAGCUGAGACCAGGAGGCGUAACCUGGACCCCCUGGAUGACCCAGACUACGUCCUGUUUGUCCGAGUGCAAGACCUCAACGGAGCCUCUGAAGUGGCUUUGAGUGGAAACGCCAAAGUGAACAUCGCUGUCAAGCCCAACCUGUGGGUGAAUCCAGGGCCACUGCUUGUGAAGGAGAAUCUGCAUGAGACAUACCCACUGGCCAUCGCGAAGGUCCAGUCCAAUGAUCCCAAAGCUGUCUACAAGCUGAUGCAGAAGGAGCGAGAGCAGAAGUUCCCGUUCAAGAUAACAGAAGAUGGAGAGGUCCUGCUGACUGAGCCGUUGGACAGGGAAGAGAAGCACAUGUACAUUCUAGUGGUCCUGGCUCAUGACAUCCACCAGAAUGAGGUUGACACACCCAUGGAGAUUCAAGUGAUCGUCGUAGACGUGAACGACAAUGCACCCGAGUGUUUGAAGGUGGAGAGUGUGUUUGAGGUGCAGGAGGGUGAACCAGCAGGAAGUCUCGUUGGACAGCUGAUGGCUGCAGACAAGGAUGAUGAGGACACCCUGAAUGCUCAGUUGACCUACAAGAUUGUGUCCUCAGAGCCACUCACCUCUACCGAAACCUUCUCCAUUGAUGCUGCUUCAGGGCAGAUCCAAGCACUGCAAACCUUGCAGAGGAAACAGCAGCAGCUGUACAAGCUCACCGUUCUAGUCAGUGACCCAGAUUACAGCACGGAAUGUCAGGUCGUGAUCAAGGUCAUCGAUGUCAACAAUGAGAUGCCACUCUUUGAACAGAACAGAUACGAGAGUCCGCCUCUGACCGAGGACACUCCGGUGGGACACACUGUACUGACGCUGAGAGCAACAGACGCCGAUGACCCUGACAGUGGAAGCUCUAAAAUCGAGUUCCACAUCACAGCUGGGGACGACGAUGGUGUUUUCACAGUGGAAACUGAUGGGGGUGGUGUCGGCCAUCUUGUUAUAGCCAAGCCUUUGGACUUCGAGAUGCAUCCCACCUACAAUCUGCAGAUUGAUGCCCGGAACCCUGAGCCCCUGAUGAAGGGUCUUGAGUACGGCAGUGAAUCAACAGCCUUUGUCUCCCUGACUAUCACCGAUGUGGAUGAAGUUCCUGAGUUCAACCUGGACAUAUUGGAGGUGACUGUACCGGAAAACAUCAGCAGGGGGGCGCUGCUGCUCACGGUGGAAGCCAAAGACCCAGAGGGCAAAGAGAUCAGCUUCAAGAUGGAGGGAGACUCUAUGGGCUGGCUGGAGCUCGACCCAGCCUCGGGCCAGAUCAAGACCAAAGACAAGCUGGACAGAGAAGCCCUGGAAGUCUUCACAGUCACCAUCACUGCUUUUGAGAAGGAAAACCCGAGCAUGUCCAGUCAGCGUGAGGUCUCUGUCAGACUGCUGGAUGUCAAUGACAACACCCCAAAACCGGUGGAGUCCGAGUUCUUCAUUUGUGUUAAGAAGCCAAAGCCUGUCAUCAUCAGGGCCCAGGACCCAGACAACGCUCCAUUCUCACAGCCAUUUACCUUCACCUUUGCCAAGAAGUACAGCAAUUGGCACCUUCAAACUGUGGACGGUGCAUCAGCCAAACUGAGUUUGAAGAAAACUGCCACAGAGGACCACACCUUCCCUAUCGCCAUCAACAUCAAGGACAAUGCAGGCAUGGGGGUCACUCACUCAUUGCACGUGAGAGUCUGCAACUGCACUGAGCUCGGCUACUGCUACAUGCCUCCUGAAUCUCGCACUGGCAAGUUAGGCAUGGCCUCCACCAUUGGAAUUUUGGCGGGAGUUCUCGGUUUUGUCACCAUCAUAUUCAUCAUUGUGAUCAAACAAUCCAGCAAAAACAAGAAGAGACGAGUCCCUGCUGUGCAGGAGACCAACACCCUGAUGUAGAUCCUCUGGAGUACCAGCCAAGACUCAGGGGUCCUUGAAAUUUUCAUCAGAGGACCAUCAAUAUUUGGAGACACAAAGAAAUCUUGAGCUAUUUUACGCUGCUCCCAGUGUAACCUGUGCCUAAUUUAUUCAAAGGUUGAAUCCCGGAUUACAG